AUGUUGCAUAGUUUAGGGACAGCCAUGGAUCGCCUGCUGCAGACUAUGGACAGAUGGGAGAGAGGAGGUCUCCCGGUAAAUCAGAACCCAGCACCAACACCCGCACCUCUACCUACACCACCAUCCAUCCCUCCACCGGUCGGAACCAGUGGAAUUCGGCUCUCGCUCCCGGGAGCGUAUGACGGAACAGCAGCCGGGUGUCAGGGUUUCCUCCUACAGCUGGAGCUAUACCUGGCAUCUGUUCAUCCGUCCCCGUCGGGACACGAGAGGGAUGCUCUGCUGGAUGUGUCGGCCUGCUGGGGGUAUGAGAAGAACUGUGGCCCAGAGAACUGCUUUGGCUAUCCUGUCUGCACCAGGGUUGACCCCGGAUGGGCCAGCUCAUUGGAGGCAGCCCAGGAGCUGUUCUGGAAACAGGCAGACUUUGGUUACGUCACGGAGCCCACAUUACGUCACGAAUUACGUAAAACAUUACGUCACGAAUGGGUUAACAUGUACCAUCAUUUCUGUGACUUUGUCAACCUGUACAUCUCCCAGCACAUCAACAACUCCUUCAGCAGAGACAUCAAAAUCCUCAUGUGGGACACACACAUCAACAACUCCUUCAGCAGAGACAUCAAAAUCCUCAUGUGGGACACAAGUUCUUAUGGAUAUGGGGAUCUGUUCAGUGAGACCUGGAAGGCUUUCUCUGACUAUGACAUCAUCCAUCUGAAAACUUUUGACACUAAAAGGAUAUCUGACUGCCACAGUGAAGGGAUGUUCAGGGCCUUCUCCCAGUAUGUUCUAUAUCGACUCAACAUUCCACAGGAUGGGCCCAAGGAGGGGAGGAUUCGUGUCACGUUGUUAGCACGCAGCACAGACUAUCGUAAGAUAUUAAACCAGCAGGAGCUCACAAAUGCCCUGAAGACAGUGCCUUUACUCCAGGUCAAAGUGGUGGAUUACAAAUACAAGGACGUCCCGUUCCUGGAACAACUCAGUAUUACCCACAACUCUGACAUCUUCAUCGGGAUUCAUGGGGCGGGACUUACUCACCUGCUCUUCCUCCCUGAUUGGGCCGUCAUCUUUGAACUAUAUAACUGUCAGGAUGAGAGCUGCUAUCGAGAUCUGGCUCGGCUGCGGGGGAUCCGAUAUGCGACUUGGCAAAAAAGGGACAAAGUGCUCCCAGAGGAUAAGGGUCACCAUCCCACCCUGGGGGAGCAUCCUAAAUUCACCAACUACUCCUUUGAUGUGGAGGAGUUCAUGCGUCUGGUGCUGAAAGCAGCAGGCUACGUCCUGGACCACCCCGAGUGGAAGCCCCGGCCCAGCCGUGAUGAACUGUAGGCCCCCAGCAGCAGAAGGAACAGGACAGUCGGGUGAAGUCAAACCCCUGGACUCAAACACAGCCAUCUUAGAAAUCUAAAAGUACAUUUGAACACUUAAGACGUUGUAUAUUAUCAAGGUUAAAUUUAAGUUUACAACAUCGCUUUUCAGCUAUUUAUUACCUGCCAACACAGCCCAGGGUACAUCUCAAUAGAGAUACUAAAGACCAAUCAAAUGGCCUUGGCAAACCUUAUGAGUGCCUGCUACCAUUGUCCUUGCUAGAGAAAAGUAUAUACUCCUUACAACAAUUGCCAAAUUUGUAUUACAUGCUGCCACUGGUGUGGUUGCCAGAAAGAACAUUUGUUUCAUUUCUCAACAAUGUGCUAUUUUCUGCAUUUUCUGAUAAAGUUGUGUGUGACAGGCAGGGAUGUAACUUUCAGCAUGUUGUGUAUGCACCAGUUUGAACAACACUUCAGAAUGGUCUUUGCAGGUAUUUUGUAGUCCCUAUCGCACACAAACUAUCGAAUUAAUCUAAAGCUCAAUGUUUUAUUUAUGAGAAAGGGAGUCAGACCUUUUGGUCGAUGUUUUGCAAAGACUUGUAAAGUCAUUUUAUAUUUCAAGGCCAUGGAAACAUUUUGAAAUAAAUAUUUUCAAAAGAACUGACACAUCUCUUUUCGUGUGCAAUUUAACCCUAAAAGUGGCAACAUAUUUUUUUGAUGACCAAAUUGGUAAUGAUUGCAA